UUGUCAUAAAUUUUUUAUUUAAAAAUGAAUGUGAAUUUUGGGUGACAUCGUCUGAUAUUAAAUAAAAUUUUCGUGUAACAUGGCUUUUCUCAACCAUAAGAAUUUUCUCUACAGCGGUAGAGUGAAAGAGUCAUUUCGUCCGGAGGCCAAAAUGAAAAGCGUGGAGUCAAAUCAAGAUUUGCGGGCUUGGUGUGGGAAUGUCGAAGAUCGGAGGCAACAUAUUCUAGAACUGACAGCAAAAAACAUUGGAGAAUGCGCAGACAGCAAAGUUUUACCAUUAGACAUACUGAUAGAGCAACUAGUAAAAUUGGGACAAGAUAAUGGUGAACCUCUCAAACGUAAAAUAAAACAUUAUGAAAAGCUUUGGAGUCUAUAUCAAAAGUUAAAAUUGACUCCAGAGCAGCAACAACAAUUAAGAGAUUUGAUGGAUCAAAUUGAGCAAGAUAUGGAGGAAGAAACGCAAGAUCGUCUACGAUCUAGAUCCGCAGCCAGUGGAAUUGCUGGAAGAUCCGAAGACGAUAGAAAACGACAUAAAAGACCACCGGGCAGUGAUGCUGGUAGAGAAGAUAAGAAAACGCGUGCUAGAUCUGAAGCAGUUAGACGUGGAGAUCAUCUAGGAAAAGAAAAGGAACCACCUGGAAGAUUGUUAACGAAACAGAAAGAUAGACCUCGUACAGGAGAGCCCGAGAAAAUAGAGGAAGAGGGGACACCAGAUGGUCAACGCAAGUUUUCCCGUGGCGGACCUUCCCCAAGGAGGAUGGAACCAAGUGCUGCUGAUGGUAAAAGAAAGGGUCGCGGAGAUGAUGGAGAUAGAAUACCCCCUAAAGGAAAACUGGAGGAGAGACCAGGGUUCCCCGAAAGAGAAAGUGGCAGGGAACCGGGUCCAGUGGGAAAAGAAAGAGGACGAGAAAGAGAACCUUCAUCACUUAGAGGUCCACAAAAACAGCCACGUGCAGUUGAUAGAGGGGGGAGACGUGGUGCUGAUGACAGAAGGGGACGUGAAAGUGCACCUUCACCUGCAAGAAUAUCUGAAAAAACUCCCUAUGAUGGAGACAGAGGAAGAAGACCCGGUACUGCUGGAAGUGAAAGGGGACGUGGAGGCCAACCAUCACCAAUGAGAGAAUCUAGAAAAACUCCUCGUCAAGAAGAUGGAGGAUUAAUGAGCGAAGGUGAGCCGUCGCCAAUAAGAGAGCCUAGGAAAAUAGCUAGAGAUAAAGAAAUCGGAGCGGAACCAGGUGCAACUGGUAGACCAGGAGGACGUGAGGGUACACCUUCGCCUGCAAGAGUAUCUGAAAAAACGCCCCGUGAAGGAGACACAGGAAGGAGACCGGGUGCUGUUGGAAGUAAAAGGGGACUUGAAGGUCAUCCAUCGCCAGGCAGAGGUACAUCUCCAUUGCCUGAUAAAAGUGUUCGCCCAAAAGGGUCACAUAUUAAACCAAAAUCUGACUUAUCAGAUGAAUACUUAGUUGAUCCCUAUGGAAAUAAAAUUUUGGGACCAGAUGGUAAGCCAAUACUUGCAAGACCGGAGAAGAAAACAACUGAAAGAAAACCUAUUGCAAAGGGAUCUGCAGGUGUACCUAAAAGUUCAGAGAGAAAAGAUAUUCCUCUUGAUAAAUCUAGACAACCUGCCAUAAAACCUAAAAGUUCUGAAGGUAGACAAAUGCCGAUUUUGGGGCCCGAUGGUAAAGCUGUUACUGUUGGAGCAGACGGUAGAGCUGAAGGACCUUUGCCUGCAAGAGUGUCUGAAAAACCACCCAGUGAAGGAGAAACAGGAAGAAGACCGGGUACUGUUGGAAGUGAAAGGGGACGUGGAGGUCAGCCAUCACCAAGAAAGGAAGCUGGACCAGGUACAACUGGCAGAACAGGUGGUCGUGAGACUACACCUUUGCGAGCAGGAGAACCUAGAAGAACUCCUCGUCAAGGAGAUGGGGGAUUAAUGAGAGAAGGUGAACCAACGCCAAUAAGAGAACCUAGAAAAAUAGCUAGAGAGAAAGAAAUGGGAGCAGAACCAGGUACGACUGGCAGAGCAGAAGGACCUUCGCCUGCAAGGGUAUCUGAAAAAACGCCCCGUGAAGGAGAAACAGGAAGAAGACCGGGUACUGUUGGAAGUGAAAGGGGACGUGGAGGUCAGCCAUCACCAAGAAGGGAAGGUGGGCCAAGUACAACUGGCAGAGCAGGUGGUCGUGAAACUACACCUUUGCCAGCGGGAGAACCUAGAAGAACUCCUCGUCAAGGAGAUGGGGGAUUAAUGAGAGAAGGUGAGCCGUCGCCAAUAAGAGAACCUAGGCAAAUUGCUAGAGAGAAAGAAAUCGGAACAGAACCAGGUACGACUGGAAGAGCAGAAGGACCUUCGCCUGCAAGAGUAUCUGAAAAAACGCUUCGUGAAGGAGAAACAGGAAGAAGACCGGGUACUGUUGGAGGUGAAAGGGGACGUGGAGGUCAACCAUCACCAAGAAGGGAAGGUGGGCCAGGUACAACUGGCAGAGCAGGUGGUCGUGAAACUACACCGUUGCCAGCGGGAGAACCUAGAAGAACUCCUCGUCAAGGAGAUGGGGGAUUAAUGAGAGAAGGUGAGCCGUCGCCAAUCAGAGAACCUAGGCAAAUUGCUAGAGAGAAAGAAAUCGGAACAGAACCAGGUACGACUGGAAGAGCAGAAGGACCUUCGCCUGCAAGAGUAUCUGAAAAAACGCCUCGUGAAGGAGAAACAGGAAGAAGACCGGGUACUGUUGGAAGUGAAAAGGGACGUGGAGGUCAACCAUCACCAAGAAGGGAAGGUGGACCAGGUACAACUGGUAGAGCUGGUAGUCGUGAAGGUACACCUUCGCCAGCAGGAGAACCAAGAACAGGUGGCGAACAAGAACGACCAGGAACACCUGCAAGUGACAAAUCACCAAUGAUACAAGCUAAAAAGCUACCACGUGCAGAUGAUAGUGCGCCAGGUAAAGAUUGGAAAGAAGGUGAUGAAGGUAAACCAUCACCUACUAGGGAACCUAAACAACCAACCCGCGAUGGAGACAGGGAAAGAGGAAUGGGUGUUGUAGGAAGUGAAAGAGGACGAGGUCAACCAUCACCAAUAAGAGAACCUCGAACAAUUCCUCCUCAAGGAGGCAAAGUAACACAGAGGGAAACACCGGGUGAUGAAGGAAAGCGUGUAGGUAAAGAUGAAGUGAAAUUGACACCAAAAGGUCCUGGAGCAGACCUUAUGAAAAAACCUAGUGCAAAGAAGGACGAAAAUGAUGCUAGAAAACCGAUAACAUCUAAAGGUUCAGAAGCUACAUCACCAUUGACUGAUAAAGGUGUUCGUCCAAAAGCGUCACAUAUUAAGGCAAGAUCUGAUUUGUCAGAUGAAUACUUAGUCGAUCCUUAUGGAGAUAAAAUUUUGGGACCAGAUGGUAAGCCAAUACUUGUAAGGCCGGAGAAAAAGCCAACAGAAAGGAAACCUAUUGCGAAGGAAGCUGCAGGUGUACCUAAAAGUUCUGAGAGAAAAGAUAUUCCUCUUGAUAAAUCUAGACAACCUCCCAUAAAACCUAAAGGCUCUGAUGGUAGACAAAUGCCGAUUUUGGGGCCCGAUGGUAAACCAAUCACUCUUAGACCAGAUGGAAAAUAUAAAACUGAAGAUGGUAGAGAGAUUCCUGUCGAUAAGUCCGGAAAGCCAAUUUUGGGUCCAGAUGGUAAAGCUGUUACUGUUGGAGCAGACGGAAAAUUAAAAACUGCUGAUGGAAGAGAUGUUGCGACUGACAAAACAGGAAAACCUAUAUUGGGACCAGACGGAAAAGCAGUUACAAUGGGACCAGAUGGUGUUUAUAAAACAGCUGAUGGUAGGGAGAUUCCUGUUGAUGAAUUUGGAAAACCAAUUUUAGGGGCAGAUGGAAAAGCUGUUACUGUAGGACCAGAUGGUAAAUAUAGAACAGCAGACGGUAAAAUAGUUCCGGUGGACAAAUCAGGAAAACCAAUUUUGGGACCAGACGGUAAAGCUGUUACUGUUGGAGCGGACGGAAAACUAAAAACUGCUGAUGGACGAAAUGUUGCAGUAGAUAAAACAGGAAAACCCAUUUUACCAUCUGAUGGAAAACCGGUGACUAUGGGUCCAGAAGGUGGUAGGGGAGUUCCGGUUGACAAAACGAAGAAACCUGUAACGACUGGACCGGUCGGAAUGCCUAGAACUCCUGAUGGUAAAGAAGUGCCUCUUGCUAAAGCAGGAAAACCAACGAUUGUUACUAGUGACAAAACUGGGAAACCACUCAUUGGGCCUGAUGGAAGACCUGUUACUGUGGGACUAGAUGGAAAAUAUAGAACUGCAGAUGGUAGAGAAGUUCCUACUGACAAAAGAGGAAAACCAAUUACUGGAUCUGAUGGUAGACCUGUUACUGUGGGACCAGACGGAAAAUACAGGAAUGCAGAUGGAAAAGAAAUUCCAGUGGACAAAACCGGCAAACCAAUCAUCGGUGCUGACGGAAGUCCCGUUACUUUGGCACCAGAUGGUAAAUAUAGGACAGCAGAUGGUAGAGAAGUCCCGGUUGAUAAGUCGGGAAAACCAAUUCUGGGUGCAGAUGGUAAAGCUAUUACAGUUGGUUCAGAUGGAAAGCCCAGAACAGCUGAUGGAAAAGAAAUACUUACUGACAAGUCAGGAAAACCAAUCAUCGGUGCUGAUGGUAGACCUGUUACUUUGGGACCAGAUGGUAAAUAUAGGACUGGAGAUGGUAAAGAAAUACCAGUGGACAAAGAAGGAAAACCAAUUAUUGGUGCUGAUGGGAGACCUGUUACUCGAACACCUGACGGAAAAUAUAGAACUGCAGACGGUAAAGAAAUCCCAGUAGAUAAAACGGGAAAACCAAUCAUUGGCGCUGAUGGUAGUCCCGUUACUCUGUCACCAGAUGGAAAAUAUAGAACCGCAGAUGGCAGAGAAGUUCCUACAGAUAAAACAGGAAAACCAAUCAUAGGUCCUGAUGGUAAACCGGUAACUCUGGCACCUGACGGGAAAUAUAGGACUACUGAUGGAACAGAAAUUCCUGUAGACAAAACAGGAAAACCAAUCAUAGGUCCUGACGGGAAACCUGUUAUUGUGGCUCCAGACGGGAAAUACAGAACUGCAGAUGGUAAGGAAGUACCUGUAGAUAAAACGGGAAACCCAAUAUUAGGUCCUGAUGGUAAACCAGUAACUCUAGCACCAAAUGGGAAAUAUAGAACUGCAGAUGGCAAAGAAGUUCCAGUUGAUAAAACUGGAAAACCAAUUUUGGGUGCUGAUGGUAAGGCUAUAACAAUCGGUUCUGAUGGAAAACCUAGAACCGCCAAUGGAAAAGAAAUUCUUGCUGACAAGUCAGGAAAACCAAUCAUCGGUGCUGAUGGUAGACCGAUUGCUCUGGCACCAGACGGGAAAUAUAGAACUGCAGAUGGUAAAGAAAUUCCAGUGGAUAAAACGGGAAAACCAAUUAUAGGUGCUGACGGUAGUCCUGUCACUCUAUCACCAGAUGGUAAAUAUAGGACUGCAGAUGGUAAAGAGAUACCUGUUGAUAAAACAGGAAAACCAAUCAUUGGUCCUGAUGGUAAACCAGUUACUCUGGCACCUGAUGGUAAAUACAGAACCGCAGAUGGCACUGAGGUUCCCGUAGAUAAAACUGGAAAACCAAUCAUAGGACAUGAUGGUAAACCAGUAACUCUAGCACCAGACGGGAAAUAUAGAACUGCAGAUGGCAGAGAAGUUCCAGUUGAUAAAACGGGAAAACCAAUUCUGGCAGCCGAUGGCAAAGCCAUCACGGUCGGGUCUGAUGGAAAACCUAGUGCAGCCGAUAGAAAAGAAAUUCUUGGUGACAAAACAGAAAAACCAAUCAUUGGUGCUGAUGGCAGACCUAUUACUCGAACACCAGAUGGCAAAUACAGACCAGCAGAUGGUAAAGACAUUCCAGUUGGAAAAACUGGUAAGCCAAUAAUUGGUCCCGAUGGUCGACCCGUAACAUUAUCACCUGACGGAAAAUAUAGAACUGCUGAUGGCAAGGAAGUUCCGGUUGAUAAAUCUGGAAAACCAGUUCUGGGUGUAGAUGGUAAACCUAUUACAGCCGGUUCUGAUGGCAAACCUAGAUCCGCCGAAGGAAGAGAGAUUCUUACUGACAAGUCAGGAAAACCAAUCAUUGGUGCUGAUGGUAGACCUAUUACUCGAACACCAGACGGAAAAUAUAGAACUGCAGAUGGUAAAGAAAUUCCAGUGGAUAAAACUGGGAAACCUAUCAUCGGUGCCGAUGGUAGUCCAGUCACUUUGUCACCAGACGGAAAAUAUAGGACUGCAGAUGGCAAAGAGGUUCCUGUUGACAAAACUGGAAAACCAAUUAUAGGUCCAGAUGGUAAACCGGUUACUCUAGCACCAGACGGCACAUAUAGAACAGCUGAUGGCAAAGAAGUUCCUGUUGACAAAACUGGAAAACCAAUUAUAGGUCCAGAUGGUAAACCGGUUACUCUAGCACCAGACGGCACAUAUAGAACAGCUGAUGGCAAAGAAGUCCCUGUUGACAAAACAGGUAAGCCAAUCAUUGGUCCUGACGGAAGAACAGUAACUCUGGGUCCAGAUGGGAAAUAUAAAACUGCAGAUGGCAGAGAAGUUCCGGUUGAUAAAUCGGGAAAACCAAUUUUGGGUGCUGAUGGUAAACCAAUUACAGUCGGUUUGGAUGGAAAACCUAGAACAGCCGAUGGUAAAGAAAUUCUUGUUGAUAAAACAGGAAAACCAAUCACUGGUGCUGAUGGUAGACCUAUUACUCGAACACCAGACGGAAAAUAUAGAACUGCAGAUGGUAAAGAAAUUCCAGUGGAUAAAACUGGGAAACCUAUCAUCGGUGCUGAUGGUAGUCCUAUCACUCUGUCACCAGAUGGAAAAUUUAAAACUGCAGAUGGCAGAGAAGUUCCUAUAGAUAAAACAGGAAAACCAAUUAUAGGUCCUGAUGGUAAACCGGUAACUUUGUCACCUGAUGGGAAAUAUAGGACUACUGAUGGCAAAGAAGUUCCCGUUGACAAAUCAGGUAAGCCAGUCAUUGGUCCUGACGGUAGAGCAGUAACUUUAGCACCAGAUGGAAAAUAUAGAACUGCCGAAGGUAAAGAGGUUCCAGUUGACAAAACUGGUAAGCCUAUAACUGGGUCCGAUGGUAAACCAGUUACUGUAGGAUCGGACGGAAAAUAUAAAACUGCAGAUGGCAGAGAAGUUCCUGAAGAUAAAAUAAGAAAACCAAUCAUUAGUCCUGAUGAAAAAACUGUUACUAUGACACCAGAUGGGAAGUAUAGAACGGCUGAUGGUAGAGAAGUUCCUCUUGAUAAAACUGGUAAACCAAUCACUGGGUCUGAUGGAAGACCUGUAACUUUAUCGCCCGACGGUAAAUAUAGAACUGCUGAUGGUAGGGAAGUCCCUGUUGAUAAAUCUGGAAAACCCAUUUUGGGUGCGGAUGGAAAACCUGUUACAAUUGGGUCGGAUGGAAAACCUAGAACUGCUGAUAGAAGAGAAGUUUCUGUUGACAAGACUGGAACGCCAGUCACUAGUCCAGAUGGUAUACCUGUUACUUCGACGCCUUUAGAUAGAACAAGAAAACCUGCCAUCGGUGCUGAUGGUAAACCUCUCACUAAGACUCCAGACGGUAGAUAUAGAACUGCUGAUGGUAAGGAAGUUCCUGUUGAUAAAACUGGUAAGCCUAUUAUUAGGCCUGAAGGUAGACCUGUAACUUUGGCACCUGAUGGUAAAUAUCGAACUGCUGAUGGUAAAGAAGUUCCUGUUGAUAAAACUGGAAAGUCUAUUACUGGGUCUGAUGGUAAACCAAUAACUCUGGCACCAGACGGUAAUUACAGAACUGCGGAUGGUAGAGAUGUUCCAGUUGACAAAACUGGUAAACCAGUUAUUGGGCCAGAUGGCAAACCAGUUACCUUGGCGCCAGAUGGUAAAUACAGAACUGCAGAUGGAAGAGAAGUUCCUAUAGACAAAACCGGUAAACCAAUUACGGGGCCGGAUGGUAAACCAGUUACUCUGGGGCCGGACGGUAAAUACAAAACUGCGGAUGGAAGAGAAGUUCCUGUUGACAGAAAUGGUAAGCCAAUCAUUGGGCCUGAUGGAAGACCUAUAACUUUAGCACUAGACGGAAAAUAUAGAACAUCUGAUGGUAAAGAAGUUCCAGUUGAUAAAUCGGGAAGGCCCAUCUUGGGUGCUGAUGGAAAACCCGUUACUAUUGGGUCCGACGGAAAACCAAGGACUGCUGAUGGAAAAGAAGUUUCUGUUGACAAGGCAGGAACACCAAUCGUUGGUCCAGAUGGUGUGCCUGCUACGUCGGCGCCAUUGGAUAGAACAGGAAAGCCACUCAUCGGUGCUGAUGGUAAAUCCCUAACAAUGACUCCAGGCGGAAAAUAUAGAACUGCUGAUGGUAAAGAGGUUCCUGUUGACAAAUCUGGUAAGCCAAUUAUUGGGCCUGACGGUAGACCAGUAACUCUGGCUCCAGACGGCAAAUACAGAACUGCGGAUGGUAGAGAAAUUCCAGUUGACAAAACUGGUAAACCAGUAAUUGGACCAGAUGGAAAACCAGUUACCAUGGCACCAGAUGGUAAAUACAGAACUGCAGAUGGAAGAGAAGUUCCUACAGACAAAACUGGUAAACCAAUUACGGGGCCGGAUGGUAAACCAGUUACUCUGGGGCCAGACGGUAAAUACAAAACUGCGGAUGGAAGAGAAGUUCCUGUUGACAGAACUGGUAAGCCAAUCAUUGGGCCUGAUGGAAGACCUAUAACUUUAGCACCAGACGGAAAAUAUAGAACAUCUGAUGGUAAAGAAGUUCCAGUUGAUAAAUCGGGAAGGCCCAUCUUGGGUGCUGAUGGAAAACCCGUUACUAUUGGGUCCGACGGAAAACCAAGGACUGCUGAUGGAAAAGAAGUUUCCGUUGACAAGGCGGGAACACCAAUUGUUGGUCCGGAUGGUGUGCCUGUUACAUCUGCGCCAUUGGAUAGAACAGGAAAGCCAGUCAUCGGUGCUGAUGGUAAACCCAUAACUAUGACCCCAGACGGAAAAUAUAGAACUGCUGAUGGCAAGGAAGUUCCUGUUGACAAAACUGGCAAACCAGUUACUGGGCCAGACGGUAAACCUGUUACCAUGGGCCCGGACGGAAAAUACAGAACGGCGGAUGGCAGAGAAGUUCCUGUAGACAAAACUGGUAAACCAGUUAUUGGGGCAGAUGGCAAACCAGUUACUAUGGGACCAGACGGUAAAUAUAGAACAGCUGAUGGUAAAGAAAUUCCAGUUGAUAAAUCGGGAAAGCCUAUAUUGGGUGCUGAUGGAAAACCCGUUACAAUUGGGUCGGACGGAAAACCGAGAACUGCUGAUGGAAGAGAAGUUUCUGUUGACAAGGCGGGAACACCAAUCGUUGGUCCAGAUAGUGUGCCUGUUACAUCGGCGCCAUUAGAUAGAACAGGAAAGCCAGUCAUUGGUGCUGAUGGUAAACCUCUAACUGUGACCCCAGACGGAAAAUAUAGAACUGCUGCUGGUAAGGAGGUUCCUGUUGACAAAUCUGGUAAGCCAAUUACUGGGGCAGAUGGCAAACCAGUUACUAUGGGACCAGAUGGUAAAUACAGAACUGCAGAUGGAAGAGAAGUUCCUAUCGACAAAACAGGGAAGCCAAUUACGGGGCCAGAUGGUAAACCAGUUACUCUGGGACCGGACGGUAAAUACAGAACAGCCGAUGGAAGAGAAGUUCCUGUGGACAAAACUGGUAAGCCAAUCAUUGGGCCUGAUGGUGGACCAAUAACCUUAGCACCAGACGGAAAAUAUAGAACCGCCGAUGGUAAAGAAGUUCCAGUUAAUAAAUCGGGGAAACCAAUUCUGGGUGCUGAUGGAAAACCCGUUACAAUUGGGUCGGACGGAAAACCGAGAACUGCUGAUGGAAGAGAAGUUUCUGUUGACAAGGCGGGAACACCAAUCGUUGGUCCGGAUGGUGUGCCUGUUAGAUCGGCGCCAUUGGAUAGAACAGGAAAGCCAGUUAUUGGUGCUGAUGGUAAACCUCUAGCUAUGACCCCAGACGGUAAAUACAGAACUGCGGAUGGUAGAGAAGUUCCAGUUGACAAAACCGGUAAACCAGUUAUUGGGCCAGAUGGCAAACCAGUUACUAUGGGACCAGAUGGUAAAUACAGAACUGCAGAUGGAAGAGAAGUUCCUAUCGACAAAACUGGUAAACCAGUUAUUGGGGCAGAUGGCAAACCAGUUACUAUGGGACCAGAUGGUAAGUAUAGAACAGCUGAUGGUAAAGAAAUUCCAGUUGAUAAAUCGGGAAAGCCUAUAUUGGGUGCUGAUGGAAAACCCGUUACAAUUGGGUCGGACGGAAAACCGAGAACUGCUGAUGGAAGGGAAGUUUCUGUUGACAAGGCGGGAACACCAAUCGUUGGUCCGGAUGGUGUGCCUGUCACAUCGGCGCCAUUGGAUAGAACAGGAAAGCCAGUCAUUGGUGCUGACGGUAAACCACUAACUAUGACCCCAGACGGAAAAUAUAGAACUGCUGAUGGUAAGGAGGUUCCUGUUGACAAAUCUGGUCAGCCAAUUACUGGGCCUGACGGUAAGCCAGUAACUCUGGCUCCAGACGGUAAAUACAGAACUGCAGAUGGUAGAGAAGUUCCAGUUGACAAAACUGGUAAACCAGUUAUUGGGGCAGAUGGCAAACCAGUUACUAUGGGACCAGAUGGUAAAUACAGAACUGCAGAUGGAAGAGAAGUUCCUAUCGACAAAACUGGUAAACCAGUUAUUGGGGCAGAUGGCAAACCAGUUACUAUGGGACCAGAUGGUAAAUACAGAACUGCAGAUGGAAAAGAAAUUCCUAUCGACAAAACUGGGAAGCCAAUUACGGGGCCAGAUGGUAAACCAGUUACUCUGGGACCAGACGGUAAGUAUAGAACAGCUGAUGGUAAAGAAAUUCCAGUUGAUAAAUCGGGAAAGCCUAUAUUGGGUGCUGAUGGAAAACCCGUUACAAUUGGGUCGGACGGAAAACCGAGAACUGCUGAUGGAAGGGAAGUUUCUGUUGACAAGGCGGGAACACCAAUCGUUGGUCCGGAUGGUGUGCCUGUCACAUCGGCGCCAUUGGAUAGAACAGGAAAGCCAGUCAUUGGUGCUGACGGUAAACCACUAACUAUGACCCCAGACGGAAAAUAUAGAACUGCUGAUGGUAAGGAGGUUCCUGUUGACAAAUCUGGUAAGCCAAUUACUGGGUCUGACGGUAGGCCAGUAACUCUGGCUCCAGACGGUAAAUACAGAACUGCGGAUGGUAGAGAAGUUCCAGUUGACAAAACUGGUAAACCAGUUAUUGGGGCAGAUGGCAAACCAGUUACUAUGGGACCAGAUGGUAAAUACAGAACUGCAGAUGGAAGAGAAGUUCCUAUCGACAAAACUGGUAAGCCAAUUACGGGGCCAGAUGGUAAACCAGUUACUCUGGGACGAGACGGUAGAUAUAGAACAGCUGAUGGUAAAGAAAUUCCAGUUGAUAAAUCGGGAAAGCCCAUCUUGAGUGCUGAUGGAAAACCCGUUACAAUUGGGUCGGACGGCAAACCGAGAACUGCUGAUGGAAGAGAAGUUUCUGUUGACAAGGCGGGAACACCAAUCGUUGGUGCGGAUGGUGUGCCUGUUACAUCGCCGCCAUUGGAUAGAACAGGAAAGCAAGUCAUUGGUGCUGAUGGUAAACCUCUAACUAUGACCCCAGACGGAAAAUAUAGAACUGCUGCUGGUAAGGAGGUUCCUGUUGACAAAUCUGGUAAACCAAUUACUGGGCCUAACGGAAGGCCAGUAACUCUGGCUCCAGACGGUAAAUACAGAACUGCGGAUGGUAGAGAAGUUCCAGUUGACAAAACUGGUAAACCAGUUAUUGGGGCAGAUGGCAAACCAGUUACUAUGGGACCAGAUGGUAAAUACAGAACUGCAGAUGGAAGAGAAGUUCCUAUCGACAAAACUGGGAAGCCAAUUACGGGGCCAGAUGGUAAACCAGUUACUCUGGGACCGGACGGUAAAUACAGAACAACCGAUGGAAGAGAAGUUCCUGUGGACAAAACUGGUAAGCCAAUCAUUGGGCCUGAUGGUGGACCAAUAACCUUAGCACCAGACGGAAAAUAUAGAACCGCUGAUGGUAAAGAAGUUCCAGUUGAUAAAUCGGGGAAACCAAUUGUGGGUGCUGAUGGAAAACCCGUUACAAUUGGGUCGGACGGAAAACCGAGAACUGCUGAUGGAAGAGAAGUUUCAGUUGACAAGGCAGGAACACCAAUCGUUGAUCCGGAUGGUGUGCCUAUUAUAUCGACGCCAUUGGAUAGAACAGGAAAGCCAGUUAUUGGUGCUGAUGGUAAACCACUAACUAUGACCCCAGACGGAAAAUAUAGAACUGCUGAUGGUAAGGAGGUUCCUGUUGACAAAUCUGGUAAACCAAUUACUGGGCCUGACGGUAGACCAGUAACUCUGGCUCCAGACGGUAAAUACAGAACUGCAGAUGGUAGAGAAGUUCCAGUUGACAAAACUGGUAAACCAGUUAUUGGGGCAGAUGGCAAACCAGUUACUAUGGGACCAGAUGGUAAAUACAGAACUGCAGAUGGAAGAGAAGUUCCUAUCGACAAAACUGGGAAUCCAAUUACGGGACCAGAUGGUAAACCAGUUACUCUGGGACCAGACGGUAAAUAUAGAACAGCUGAUGGUAAAGAAAUUCCAGUUGAUAAAUUGGGAAAGCCUAUAUUGGGUGCUGAUGGAAAACCCGUUACAAUUGGGUCGGACGGAAAACCGAGAACUGCUGAUGGAAGAGAAGUUUCUGUUGACAAGGCGGGAACACCAAUCGUUGGUCCGGAUGGUGUGCCUGUUACGUCGGCGCCAUUGGAUAGAACAGGAAAGCCAGUCAUUGGUGCUGACGGUAAACCACUAACUAUGACCCCAGACGGAAAAUAUAGAACUGCUGAUGGUAAGGAAGUUCCUGUCGACAAAACUGGCAAGCCAAUUACUGGGGCUGAUGGUAGACCAAUAACUAUGUCACCAGACGGAAAAUAUAGAACUGCGGAUGGUAGGGAAGUUCCUGUUGAUAGAACUGGUAGGCCAAUUACUGGGUCUGAUGGUAGACCAGUAACUCUGGCACCAGACGGGAAAUAUAGAACUGCUGAUGGUAAGGAAGUUCCUGUGGAUAGAACUGGUAAGCCAAUUACUGGCCCUGAUGGUAGACCAGUAACUUUGGCUCCAGGCGGGAAAUAUAGAACUGCUGAUGGUAAAGAAGUUCCUGUUGACAAAACAGGCAGGCCAAUUACUGGGCCUGAUGGUAAAGCAAUAACUAUGUCACCAGACGGAAAAUAUAGAACUGCGGAUGGUAGGGAAGUUCCUGUUGACCAAAGUGGUAAGCCAAUCAUUGGACCUGAUGGAAGUCCUAUAACUUUAGCACCAGACGGAAAAUAUAGAACAGCUGAUGGUAAAGAAGUUCCAGUGGAUAAAUCGGGAAAACCCAUCCUGGGUGCAGAUGGGAAACCUGUAACGAUUGGAUUAGACGGAAAACCGAGAACUGCCGAUGGAAAGGAAGUUUCUGUCGACAAGGCUGGAGCACCAAUCAUUGGUCCUGAUGGUGUACCUGUUACUUUGGCACCUUUAGAUAGAACAGGCAUGCCGUUUAUAGGUGCUGAUGGUAAACCUUUGACUAUGGCCCCAGACGGAAAAUACAGAACUGCUGAUGGGAAGGAAGUUCCUGUUGACAGAACUGGUAAGCCAAUUACUGGGCCUGAUGGUAGACCAGUAACUUUGGCUCCAGACGGGAAAUAUAGAACUGCCGAUGGUAAGGAAGUUCCUGUGGAUAGAACUGGUAAGCCAAUUACUGGCCCUGAUGGUAGACCAGUAACUUUGGCUCCAGACGGGAAAUAUAGAACUGCUGAUGGUAAGGAAGUUCCUGUUGACAAAACAGGCAGGCCAAUUACUGGGCCUGAUGGUAAACCAAUAACUAUGUCACCAGACGGAAAAUAUAGAACUGCGGAUGGUAGGGAAGUUCCUGUUGACCAAAGUGGUAAGCCAAUCAUUGGACCUGAUGGAAGUCCUAUAACUUUAGCACCAGACGGAAAAUAUAGAACAGCUGAUGGUAAAGAAGUUCCAAUGGAUAAAUCGGGAAAACCCAUCCUGGGUGCAGAUGGGAAACCUGUAACGAUUGGAUUAGACGGAAAACCAAGGACUGCCGAUGGAAAGGAAGUUUCUGUCGACAAGGCUGGAGCACCAAUCAUUGGUCCUGAUGGUAAACCUGUUACUUUGGCACCUUUAGAUAGAACAGGCAAGCCGUUCAUAGGUGCUGAUGGUAAACUUUUGACUAUGGCCCCAGACGGAAAAUACAGAACUGCUGAUGGUAAGGAAGUUCCUGUUGACAGAACUGGUAAGCCAAUUACUGGACCUGAUGGUAGACCAAUAAGUAUGUCACCAGACGGAAAAUAUAAAACUGCGGAUGGUAGGGAAGUUCCUGUUGACAAAACUGGCAGGCCAAUUACUGGACCUGAUGGUAGACCAAUAACUAUGUCACCAGACGGAAAAUAUAGAACUGCGGAUGGUAGGGAAGUUCCCGUUGACCAAAGUGGUAAGCCAAUCAUUGGACCUGAUGGAAAUCCUAUAACCUUAGCACCAGACGGAAAAUAUAGAACAGCUGAUGGUAAAGAAGUUCCUGUUGAUAAAUCGGGAAAGCCCAUCUUGGGUGCAGAUGGAAAACCCGUAACGAUUGGAUUAGACGGAAAACCGAGAACCGCCGAUGGAAAAGAAGUUUCGGUUGACAAGGCUGGUGCACCAAUCAUUGGUGCUGAUGGUGUACCUGUUACUUUGUCACCUUUAGAUAGAACAGUUAAACCGUUCAUAGGUGCUGAUGGUAAACCUUUGACUGUGGCCCCAGACGGAAAAUAUAGAACUGCUGAUGGUAAGGAAGUUCCUGUUGACAGAACUGGUAAGCCAAUUACUGGGCCUGAUGGUAGACCAGUAAUUCUGGCCCCAGACGGGAAAUAUAGAACUGCUGAUGGUAAGGAAGUUCCUGUUGACAGAACUGGUAAGCCAAUUACUGGGCCUGAUGGUAAACCAAUAACCAUGUCACCAGACGGAAAAUAUAGAACUGCGGAUGGUAGAGAAGUUCCUGUUGACCAAAGUGGUAAGCCAAUCAUUGGACCAGAUGGAAGUCCUAUAACUUUAGCACCAGACGGAAAAUAUAGAACAGCUGAUGGUAAAGAAGUUCCUGUUGAUAAAUCGGGAAAGCCCAUCUUGGGUGCAGAUGGAAAACCCAUAACGAUUGGAUUAGACGGAAAACCGAGAACUGCUGAUGGAAAAGAAGUUUCGGUUGACAAGGGUGGAGCACCCAUCAUUGGUCCUGAUGGUAUACCUGUUACUUUGGCACCAUUAGAUAGAACAGGCAAGCCGUUCAUAGGUGCUGAUGGUAAACCUUUGACUAUGUCCCCAGACGGAAAAUACAGAACUGCUGAUGGUAAGGAAGUUCCUGUUGACAGAACUGGUAAGCCAAUUACUGGACCUGAUGGUAGACCAAUAACUAUGUCACCAGACGGAAAAUAUAGAACUGCGGAUGGUAGGGAAGUUCCUGUUGACAAAACUGGCAGGCCAAUUACUGGACCUGAUGGUAGACCAAUAACUAUGUCACCAGACGGAAAAUAUAGAACUGCGGAUGGUAGGGAAGUUCCCGUUGACCAAAGUGGUAGGCCAAUCAUUGGACCUGAUGGAAAUCCUAUAACCUUAGCACCAGACGGAAAAUAUAGAACAGCUGAUGGUAAAGAAGUUCCUGUUGAUAAAUCGGGAAAGCCCAUCUUGGGUGCAGAUGGAAAACCCGUAACGAUUGGAUUAGACGGAAAACCGAGAACUGCCGAUGGAAAAGAAGUUUCGGUUGACAAAGCUGGUGCACCAAUCAUUGGUGCGGAUAGUGUACCUGUUACUUUGUCACCUUUAGAUAGAACAGUCAAACCGUUCAUAGGUGCUGAUGGUAAACCUUUGACUAUGGCCCCAGACGGAAAAUAUAGAACUGCUGAUGGUAAGGAAGUUCCUGUUGACAGAACUGGUAAGCUAAUUACUGGGCCUGAUGGUAGACCAGUAAUUCUGGCCCCAGACGGGAAAUAUAGAACUGCUGAUGGUAAGGAAGUUCCUGUUGACAAAACUGGCAGGCCAAUUACUGGGCCUGAUGGUAAACCAAUAACCAUGUCACCAGACGGAAAAUAUAGAACUGCGGAUGGUAGGGAAGUCCCUGUUGACCAAAGUGGUAAGCCAAUCAUUGGACCUGAUGGAAGUCCUAUAACCUUAGCACCAGACGGAAAAUAUAGAACAGCUGAUGGUAAAGAAGUUGCUGUUGAUAAAUCGGGAAAGCCCAUCUUGGGUGCAGAUGGAAAACCCAUAACGAUUGGAUUAGACGGAAAACCGAGAACUGCCGAUGGAAAAGAAAUUUCGGUUGACAAGGCUGGAGCACCCAUCAUUGGUCCUGAUGGUAUACCUGUUACUUUGGCACCAUUAGAUAGAACAGUCAAGCCGUUCAUAGGUGCUGAUGGUAAACCUUUGACUAUGGCCCCAGACGGAAAAUACAGAACUGCUGAUGGGAAGGAAGUUCCUGUUGACAGAACUGGUAAGCCAAUUACUGGGCCUGAUGGUAGACCAGUAACUCUGGCCCCAGACGGGAAAUAUAGAACUGCUGAUGGUAAGGAAGUUCCUGUUGACAGAACUGGUAAGCCAAUUACUGGGCCUGAUGGUAGACCAGUAACUCUGGCCCCAGACGGGAAAUAUAGAACUGCUGAUGGUAAGGAAGUUCCUGUUGACAAAACUGGGAGGCCAAUUACUGGGCCUGAUGGUAAACCAAUAACUAUGUCACCAGACGGAAAAUAUAGAACUACGGAUGGUAGGGAAGUUCCUGUUGAUCAAAGUGGUAAGCCAAUCAUUGGACCUGAUGGAAGUCCUAUAACUUUAGCACCAGACGGAAAAUAUAGAACAGCUGAUGGUAAAGAAGUUCCUGUUGAUAAAUCGGGAAAGCCCAUCUUGGGUGCAGAUGGAAAACCCGUCACAAUUGGAUUAGACGGAAAACCAAGAACUGCCGAUGGAAAAGAAGUUUCUGUUGACAAGGCUGGAGCACCCAUCAUUGGUCCUGAUGGUAUACCUGUUACUUUGGCACCUUUAGAUAGAACAGAUAAGCCGUUCAUAGGUGCUGAUGGUAGACCUCUUACUUUGGCUCCAGAUGGAAAAUAUAGAACCACCGAUGGUAAGGAAGUUCCUGUUGACAAAACAGGUAAGCCAAUCGCAGGGUCUGAUGGAAGAUUCAUUACUUUAACACCAGACGGAAAAUAUAGAACAGCUGAUGGUAAAGAAGUUCCUGUUGAUAAAUCGGGAAAGCCCCUCCUGGGUGCAGAUGGAAAACCCGUAACAAUUGGAUCAGACGGAAAACCGAGAACUGCUGAUGGUAAAGAAGUUCCAAUUGAUGAGGCUGGUAAACCAAUCAUUGGUCCCGAUGGGAGAGCCAUUUCCUUGGCACCUGACGGUAAAUAUAGGACUGCGGAUGGUAGAGAAGUUCCUGUUGACAAAGCUGGAAGACCCAUCUUGGAUGCUGAUGGUAUACCCGUUACAAUUGGUUAUGACGGGAAACCAAGAACUGCAGAUGGUAGAGAAGUUUCUGGUGACAAAACAGGAGCACCAAUCGUUGGUCCAGAUGGUAUACCUGUUUCUUUGGGACCCAUAGAUAAAACAGAAAGACCAGUCGUCGGUCCUGAUGGUAAACCUCUCACAUUGGCUUCAGACGGUGAAUAUAGAACCGCUGAUGGUAGAAUGGUUCCUGUUGACAAAACCGGUAAGCCAAUUGUUGGGUCUGAUGGUAGACCAGUAACUUUGGGACCGGACGGAAAGUACAGAACUGCGGAUGGUAAAGAAGUUCCUGUUGAUGAUACUGGUAAGCCAAUCAUUGGUCCCGAUGGGAGACCCAUUUCCUUAGCACCUGACGGAAAAUAUAGGACAGCCGAUUCUAGAGAAGUUCCUGUUGAUAAUGCAGGAAAACCUAUCUUGGGUGCGGAUGGUAUACCUGUUACUUUGCCGCCUCUUGAUAGAACAGGAAAGCCGGUCGUCGGUCCUGAUGGCAAACCUCUCACAAUGAGCCCGGAUGGAAAAUAUAGAACAGCAGAUGGUAGAGAAGUUCCUGUUGAUAAAAGUGGUAAACCAAUCACUGACUCUGGUGGUAGACCUAUUACUUUGGCACCAGACGGAAAAUAUAGAACUGCGGAUGGUAAAGAAGUUCCAGUUGAUGAGACUGGUAAACCAAUUAUUGGACCCGAUGGAAGACCCAUUUCUUUAUCACCUGACGGUAAAUAUUGGACUGCGGAUGGUAGAGAAGUUCCUGUUGAUAAAGCUGGAAGACCCAUCUUGGGUGCUGAUGGUAUACCCGUUACAAUUGGUUAUGACGGGAAACCAAGAACUGCUGAUGGUAGAGAAGUUUCUGUUGACAAAUCAGGAGCACCAAUUGUUGGUCCAGAUGGUAUACCUGCUUCUUUGGGACCCAUAGAUAGAACAGGAAGACCAGUCAUCGGUCCUGAUGGUAAACCUCUCACAUUGGCUACAGACGGAAAAUAUCGAACCGAUGAUGGAAGAGAGGUUCUUGUUGACAAAACCGGUAAGCCAAUUGUUGGGUCUGAUGGUAGACCAGUAACUCUGGGACCAGACGGAAUGUACAGGACUGCGGAUGGUAAAGAAGUUCCUGUUGAUGAUACUGGUAAGCCAAUCAUUGGACCCGAUGGAACACCCAUUUCUUUAGCACCAGACGGAAAGUAUAGGAGUGCAGAUGGUAGAGAAGUCCCUGUUGAUAAUACAGGAAGACCAAUCAUAGGUCCUGAUGGUAGAACGAUUACAUUAGGACCCGACGGCAAAUAUCGAACUGCAGAUGGUAGAGAAAUCCCUGUGGACAAUUUAGGAAAACCUGUUAUUGGUCCUGAUGGUAAACCUAUUACCUUAGGAGUAGAUGGCAGACCUAGGACCGGAGACGGGAGAGAAAUUCCAGUUGAUAAAUUAGGUAAACCAAUUUUGGGACCUGAUGGAAAAGCAAUUUUCUAUGGAGAAGAUGGUAAACCUAGAACUGCAGAUGGCAAGCCUGUCGAUUCGGAUGUGUACCUUAAACAGAUCAUGGAAGACAGACCGAAAUUUCAGAUUGUUAGAGGUUCAGAUGGCAUUCCAUAUUUAUAUGAUAAAAGUGGUAAGCCGAUGGUUGAUUCUAAUGGAAAGCGCAUUUUAAUGGGAGCAGAUGGUAAACCUAGAACUGUUGAAGGACAUGAAGUUAUAGUAGAUAAAUCUGGUAAUCCCGUUUUGGGUCCUGAUGGUAUACCAAUUAUAUUGGGACCUGACGGUAAAGCUAGAAUGCCUGAUGGUAAAGAAUUAUUUUUAGACAAAUAUGGAUAUCCUGUUAUGGGACCAAAUGGUAAACCUAUUGUUUUGGGAUCAGAUGGCAAACCUAGAGCGCCAGAUGGCAAAGAAGUGUUACUCGAUGAUAAAGGAAAUGUGAUGUAUGGGCCUGAUGGGAAUGUAGUUCUUUUAGGACCAGAUGGAAAACCAAGAACAACGGACGGUAAAGAACUUUUUCUCGAUAAACACAAUAAACCAAUAAUGGGACCGGAUGGGAAACCAAUUCUUGUGGGACCGGAUGGAAAACCUACAACAGCAGACGGUAGAAAAAUAUCCUUAGAUGAAGAUGGCAUACCCAAAUUGAGUCCAGAUGGUAAAGCAAUGAUUUCAAAAGAAGAAAAGCCAAAACCAAAACUACAAGUUACAAGGGGUCCUGAUGGUACUGCUUAUUUAACUGAUGAAAGUGGUCAACCAUUGCUUGACAUUAACGGAUUGCCAAUACAAGUAGGACCAGAUGGAAAACUUAAAACGGCCGAUGGUAAGGAAGUUCUGACGGACAAACUGGGACACCCCAUUUUAGAUCGAGAUGGUAAAGUAAUUCUUAUUGGACCUGAUGGGAAACCUAGGACACAAGACGGUAAAGAACUGUUGCUGGACAAGCACGGAAAUCCAGUUUUGAGUCCCGAUGGUAAUCCCAUUCUUUUGGGGCCAGAUGGUAAACCUAGAAUGGAAGAUGGUAAAGAAAUUUUCGUAGACUCGUUUGGUGUUCCAAUGUUAGACCAAAAAGGUCAACCUAUUGUUUUGGGAUCAGACGGAAAACCUAAAACAAUUGAUGGUAAGCCGAUCUUAUUAGACUCUUUAGGUCGUCCCAUAAUGGGUCCAGAUGGAACGCCCAUGGUUUCAAAGGAAAAACCAAAGUAUCACGUUACAAAAGGCCCUGAUGGUACCUUAUAUUUAAUUGAUGAAAACGGGCAACCGUUGGUCGAUUCCAAUGGUAUUCCUGUACGAAUAGGGGCGGACGGUAAACCAAGGACAAUCAACGGACUAGAACUGUUACUAGACAAACAUGGAAAUCCAGUUUUGGGUUCGGACGGCGUACCCAUUACUUUAGGAGUAGACGGUAAACCAAGAUUGGCAGAUGGUACAGAAAUAGCUGUUGAUAAAUAUGGAAACGCAAUUAUUGGACCUGAUGGUCUCCCUGUUGUCUUAGGAUCAGAUGGGAAACCUAAAACUGUAGACGGGAGAAAAAUUUUAACUGACAAGUUCGGAAAUCCAGUUUUGGACUUAAAUGGAGAGCCCGUCCUCUUAGGUCCAGGCGAUAAGCCUGUAACAGCCGACGGAAAAGAAAUUCUAACUGACAUAUUUGGAAACCCAGUUUUUGGAACUGACGGCCGACCCGUUGUCUUGGAAAAAGGCGAAGAGAGGCCGAAAUACCGUGCCACUACUGGCCCAGAUGGUACUUUAUAUCUAACAGAUGAAAAUGGGAAGCCAUUACUUGACUCUGAUGGGAAUGCGAUCGAAGUGGGGCCGGACGGUAAACCUAAGACCAAGGAUGGUAGAAAAAUUUUACUGGAUAAAUAUAAUAAUCCUAUUUUGGGACCAGAUGGCCUUCCAAUUUUGUUAGAUGAUGCUGGAAAUCCCGUAACUCCAGAUGGUAGGAAGAUUUUCCUAGAUAAAAAUGGCAAGCCUAUAUUCAGUACCGGAGGUAAACCACUGCUUGUUGGGGCCGAUGGAAAACCUGUUUCUUUUGACGGCUACCCUGUUAUGCUGGAUUCUGGCGGUAAUCCAUUAGUAAGUCCUAAUGGGAAACCAAUUUUAUUAGACGAAAGUGGCAAACCUGUAUCUGAUGAUGGCACACCGCUUUAUUUGGACGCAAAAGGCAAAACUUUAUUUAGCCCAGAUGGCACACCACUUAUUAUGGGACCAGAUGGUAAGCCUCUUACUGAAAGUGGUAGAUCGAUAUUAUUAGAUGAAUCAAAUUUGCCGAUUUUGGGUCCGGAUGGCAAACCGAUUUUACUUGAUGAAAAUGGCAAUCCUGUAACAGAAGAUGGUAAAUUAUUAUAUCUGGACGAUAAAGGUCGUCCGAUUUUCGGACUCGACGGUAAACCUUUGUUAACUGGAGCACAUGGUGAACCAAUGUCGGCAGAUGGUAGACCACUCCUUUUGGAUGAAUUAGGUAAUCCAAUUUUAAAUCCCGAUGGUACAUCUAUUAUGUUGGGACCAGAUGGUAAGCCAAUAAGUCCCGACGGACGGCCAUAUUUAAUGGAUGAAAACGGAAAGAUUAUUUAUGGACCGGAUGGCAAGCCUAUAGUGAUUGGAGUAGAUGGAAGACCCGCUACCCUAAGUGGCACGCCAAUUCUUUUAGAUGAAUACGGACGACCAGUUCUUGGAAAAGACGGAUUACCUAUUAUUGUAGGAGCACCAACGGAGGGUAAAAAACCUUGUCCAGGUGUUUGUGGAAUGCCAAAGAAAGCUCCACCACCAAGCGGUGUUCUACUAGAUAAAUCCGGUUCCCCUGUUUUGGGUCCAGAUGGCAAAUAUAUACCAUUAGGUCCUGAUGGCAUUCCAAAAAGUCCAGAUGGACUUCCAUAUUUGCUUGAUAAACAUGGCCUUCCUGUUUAUGGACCAGAUGGUAAGCCAAUAUUAGUUGGAUUGGAUGGAAAACUUGUUACUUCGGAUGGAAGGCAUAUUCUUAUGGAUGCAUAUGGGCGACCAGUAUUAGGGGCAGACGGUUUACCGAUUGCUUUGGGGCCUCCACGUAAAAAAGUUGGACUCCCAUAUUUGCUUGAUGAUCAUGGCCGUCCCAUUUAUGGGCCAGAUGGUAAACCAAUAUUAAUUGAUUUGGAUGGAAAACUUGUUACUUCAGAUGGAAGGCCGAUUCUCAUGGACGAAUAUGGGGGACCAGUAUUGGGGGCAGAUGGCUUACCGAUUGCUUUGGGGCCUUCGCGAGGUAAAAGACCUUGCAGAGGCGCAUGUGGAAUGCCAAAAGGUGGACAAAAAGUUCUGUUAGACAAAAACGGUAAUCCAUUUUUAGAUCCUUUUGGUAAAUAUGUUUUAAUAGGACCAGACGGCAAUCCUGUAACGGCAGAUGGGAAAAAAAUCCUAACUGACAUAUUUGGAAUUCCAAUUUUUGGACCAGAUGGGCAACCUGUUCUCUUAAAAGAAAGCGAACAGAAACCCAAAUAUCGAGUUACUGCGGGCCCAGAUGGUAAUUUAUAUUUAACGGACGAAAAUGGGAAUCCAUUACUUGACUCUGAUGGAAAUGCGAUUGAACUAGGGCUAAAUGGUAGACCUAGAACUAAGGAUGGUAGAGAAAUCUUUAUGGAUAAAUAUAAUAAUCCUAUUUUGGGACCAGAUGGCCUUCCAAUUUUGUUGGAUGCUGAUGGAAAUCCUGUAACUGCUGAUAGUAAGGAGAUUUUCCUGGAUGGAAAUGGCGAGCCUAUAUUUAGUACUGGAGGUAAACCACUACUUAUUGGGGACAAUGGAAAACCUAUAUCCUUUGACGGCUACCCUGUUAUGCUGGAUUCCAACGGUAAUCCAUUACUAAGUCCUAAUGGUAAACCAAUAUUGCUAGACGAUAGUGGCAAUCCUGUGUCUGAUGAUGGUACACCGCUCUAUUUAGAUCCAAAAGGCAAUCCUAUAUUUGGUCCAGACGGCAAUCCACUUAUUGUAGGGUCAGAUGGUAAGCCCAUUACUGACGAUGGCAAGCCGAUAUUAUUAGACGAAAACGAUUUUCCAAUUUUGAGACCAGAUGGUAAACCGAUUUUACUUGAUGAAAAUGGUAAUCCUAUAACAGAAGAUGGUAAAUUAUUAUAUCUGGACAAUAAUGGACGUCCGAUUUUCGGACUUGACGGUAAACCUUUGAUAACUGGAGCACAUGGUGAACCAAGGUCGGCAGAUGGUAGACCACUUCUUUUGGAUGAACUAGGCAACCCAAUUUUAAACCCCGAUGGUACGUCUAUUUUGUUGGGACCGAAUGGAAUGCCAAUAAGUCCAGAUGGACGACCCUAUUUAAUGGAUGACAAGGGUAAGAUUAUUUAUGGACCGGAUGGCAAGCCUGUAGUGAUUGGAGCAGAUGGAAGACCCAUUACCUUAAGUGGUACGCCAAUUCUUCUAGAUAAAUAUGGUCGACCAGUUCUUGGAAAAGAUGGAUUACCUAUUAUUUUAGAAGAGGGUAAAGAGCCUUGUUCAGCAGUUUGUGGAAUGCCGAAAAAACCUCCAAAAUCAGGUGGUGUUCUAUUAGACAAAUCCGGUACCCCUGUUUUGAGCCCAGAUGGCAAAUAUAUAUUCGUAGGACCUGAUGGUAUUCCUAGAAGUCCAAGUGGGCAGCCAUACUUGAUUGAUGACAACGGCUUACCUGUUUAUGCAUCAGAUGGUACGCCAAUAUUAAUUGGAAUGGAUGGAAAACUUGUUACUUCAGAUGGAAGGCCAAUUCUUACGGAUGCAUAUGGGCGACCAAUAUUGGGGACAGAUGGUUUACCAAUUGCUUUGGGGCCUCCUCGAAAGAAAGAUGAACUCCCACAUUUGCUUGGUGAUGAUGGCCGACCCAUUAAUGGGCCAGAUGGUAAACCAAUAUUAAUUGGUUUGGAUGGAAAACUUGUUACUUCAGAUGGAAGGUCAAUUCUUACGGAUCCAUAUGAGCGACCAAUAAUGGGGGCAGAUGGUUUACCGAUUGCUUUGGGGCCUCCACGUGGUAAAAAACCUUGCAAAGGUGUAUGCGGAAUGCCAAAAGGUGGCCAAAAAGUUCUGUUAGACAAAUACGGCAAUCCAGUUUUGGAUCCGUUUGGUAACAAAAUUUUAAUAGGGAAGGACGGCAGUCCUGUGACAGCGGAUGGAAAAGAAAUCCUAACUGAUAUAUUUGGAAAUCCAGUUUUUGGACCAGACGGUCAACCUGUUGUCUUAAAAGAAGGCGAAGAGAAACCAAGAUAUCGAGUUACUACUGGCCCAGAUGCUAUUUUAUAUUUGGCGGACGAAAAUGGGAAGCCAUUACUUGACUCUGAUGGAAAUUCGAUUGAAAUAGGGCCAAACGGUAGACCUAGAACUAAGGAUGGCAAAGAAAUCCUAACGGAUAAACAUAAUAAUCCUAUUUUGGGUCCUGAUGGCCUUCCACUUCUGUUGGAUGUUGUUGGAAAUCCUGUAACUCCAGAUGGUAAGGAGAUUUACCUAGAUAAAAAUGGCAAGCCUAUAUUCAGUACGGGAGGUAAACCUCUUCUUGUUGGAGACGAUGGAAGACCUAUUUCCUUUGACGGCCAACCUGUUAUGCUGAAUUCCAGCGGUAAUCCAAUACUAAGUCCCAAUGGUAAACCAAUAGUGCUAGACGAUAAUGGCAAUCCUGUAUCUGAUGAUGGCACGCCGCUCUAUUUAGACUCAGGAGGCAAUCCUAUAUUUGAUCCAGACAGCAAUCCACUUAUUGUAGGACCAGGUGGUAAGCCCAUUACUGGGGAUGGCAAGCCGAUAUUAUUGGAUGAAAACGAUUUGCCGAUUUUGAGACCAGAUGGAAAACCAAUUUUACUUGAUGAAAAUGGUAACCCUGUAACAGAAGAUGGUAAAUUAUUAUAUCUCGACAAUAAUGGACGGCCGAAGUUUGGACGUGAUGGUAGACCUUUGAUAAUUGGACCACGUGGUGAACCUACAUCGGCAGAUGGUAGACCACUUCGUUUGGAUGAAUUAGGGAACCCAAUAUUGGGUCCUGAUGGCACAGCCAUUUUAUUAGAGCCGGAUAGUAAACCAAUAAGUUCUGAUGGGCGAGCAUAUUUACUGGAUGACAACAAUCAGAUUAUUUAUGGACCAGAUGGUAAGCCUAUUUUGAUUGGAACGGAUGGAAAACCCAUCACUUCAGAUGGAAGGCCGAUUCUUACGGAUGAAAAUGGGCGACCAGUAUUGGGGGCUAAUGGACUACCGAUAGCAUUGGGACCACCACGUAAAAAACCUUGUAAAGGCGUGUGUGGAAUGCCAAAAGAUGGCCAAGUUCUUCUAGACAACUUCGGCAAACCAGUAUUAGAUCGGGAUGGUAACUAUAUUUUAGUGGGUUCAGACGGAAUACCUAGAAACACUAGAGGACUACCAUAUUUACUUGAUAAAAAUGGUUUACCUAUUUAUGGACCAGAUGGGGAACCUAUUGUGAUUGGAGCGCUUGGAAAACCUUUGACAUCAGAUGGCAGGCCAAUUCUUAUGGAUCACUAUGGACCAGUUCUUGGAGAAAAUGGAUUACCGAUUGUUCUUGGUCCAACACCUUCAGCUGAAAAAGCACCAUGUGGUGCACUUUGUGGAAUGCUUAAAAAAGAUUCAAAACCUAAUUAUUUGUCAGACAAAUACGGUAACCUAAUUUAUGAUCCCGAUGGCAAUAAUAUUUUAUUGGGACCAGAUGGUGUUGCCAGGAGUUCAGACGGACGACCUUUUUGGCUUGAUAGCGAUGGAUUACCUAUUUUUGGGGCAAAUGAGAAGCCCAUAGUGAUUGGAUUGGAUGGUAAACCUGUAACUUUAGAUAGCAAACCGAUUCUUCUUGAUGAAAACGGGCGACCUGUACUUGGAAAAGAUGGAAUACCCAUUGUUUUAAGGACACAACCUAAAGAUGAUGGCAAGCCUUAUAAACGAAUACCUAGUGACAUUCUGUUAGAUGUAUAUGGUAAUCCAGUUUUGGGUCCCGAUGAAAAAUACAUCUCAUUAGAUAAGGAUGGCGUUCCUAGAGAUCCAAAAGGACGAGCCUAUUUCCUCGAUGAAGAGGGACAAUUAAUGUAUGGUCCAAAUGGUAAACCCCUCUUAAAAGGACCAGAUGGCCAUCCGGUGGCUACAGACGGCAGGCCAAUCCUUGUAGAUGAAUUUGGACAACCGAUUUUGGGGGACGAUGGAUUACCCACCAUUUUAGGCGAUACAGAACCUUGUCAUGGAAUUUGUGCACCAGAAAGUUUAAAACCAAAUAUCUUGUUAGAUAAAUAUGGGAAACCAGUUGUAGGUCCUGAUGAUAAUUACAUUUUGUUAGGACCAGAUGGCAUACCCAGGAACUCGAAGAAUCGACCGUAUGUUCUAGAUGAAGAUGGGCAGCUCAUUUAUGAUCUAGAUGAUAAACCCAUAAUAGUUGGCGUUAAAGGGAAACCUGUUACUUCUGAUGGUAAACCGAUCCUUUUAGAUGUGUAUGGUCAACCUGUUCUUGGAUUAGACGGGUUGCCAUCUGUUUUACCGGGACCACAUAAAUAUGAUAAGAAAUUUGAUCCAGUGACUGCUCAAGUCCUGACGGAUAAAUACGGUAAUACAGUUUUGGAUCCCGAUGGUAAGACUGUCUCAAUUGGUAUAGAUGGUGUACCAAGAAAUUCGGAAGGACGACCAUAUUUAUUAAAUGGAAAUGGACAACUUAUCAUUGGAGCAGAUGGAAAACCUCUACUAUUAGAUACUUAUGGAAAACCUGUAACUACAGAUGGUAGACCAGUUUUAAUGGAUGAGUUUAAUCGACCCAUACUUGGCUCAGAUGGAUUACCAGUUGUUUUAGAUAAAUUGCCUAUAAGUUAUACCGGUGAUAUUUCAUUUAGUCCAGACGGAGUACCCAGAAAUUUAGACGGACAACCAUACUUGCUUGAUGAAAAUGGUCAACUUAUUUAUGGGCCAGAUAAUAAACCAAUAUUAAUAGGCACUGAUAAAAAACCAGUGACAUCAGAUGGUAGACCAAUUCUUAUGGAUGCGUAUAAUCAUCCAAUAAUUGGUAUAGAUGGAGUACCUAUUGCAGUAGGUCCUCCCCGUAAAGAGAACCAGGCGACUAUUUGCUUGAUAAAUAUGGUAACACUAUCCUCGAUGAAGAUGGCUAUAACAUUAUGUUAG